AUGUGCUCAUCUUUCCACCCUUCCGAGCCAAAGCCUCACGCACUUCUCCCACCACUUCAGCGACACAUCAUGGACGACUCCGCGCAGACCGAACAAGAAGUCGACCCAGGGGCCACAAUAGCCGCCGACAACCUUGAGAAGCUUGGCAGCAUUAUCGAGGAAGAGCUCAAGUCUUGGAUGAUAUACCUGCACUCGCAAAGUGGCGCGCCAUCUUACGAGAUUCUCACCUCAGACGACAAAACCGACGCAGCAACCAAAAUCAAGUGCCUCCGCCAUAUCCUAGAGACUUUGCCAACUCGCCAUAAAGCCCUCAUCAAUGCCUACAACGCUGCCGAGACCGAGCAAGUCGAGCUUGCGGAUCAAUGUGCUGUGCUGCUGGAGCAGCUACAGGUCGCUGCGGAAGUACCACCGAAUGAGAGCAAAGCAGCGGGCGACGAAGACAACAAGAAACUUGAUCUGCAGGGCUACUACGACCAGAAGUUAUUCAGAGGCAAGAAGUUCAAAGCUGAUAUUGCGGCGAGGCUGGAAGAGCUCAAGGAGCUGAUGACAAUGUUCGAGGAGCUCAUGAUCGUGAGGGAGGAGGGUGUGCUGGAGCUCAAGCAAGUCCAGCUGUUGGUUGAGGCGAUGGACGAUGUUGGCCUGAGUGCGAGCUCGGCUUUGGUGGGGGAGGAAAGCACGCAAGUGAAGAAGGCGAGGGUCGUUGAGGAUGGAGAGGAAGAGUGA